AUGGCCAACGGCACCACAGAUAAUAAGGGCGACUACUCCGUCCAGCCAUACCGCGGCCCCAAACUCCCCAACGUCCCAGAGGAUCUCGUCGUCACCGACGUGAUGAACCUCGAGUGCGACGAGCGUCUAUGGGUCCCCCAGGCCAAAGACGUCUGGUUCCGACCAUUAUGCUUCAACGUGUCCCACGGCUACUUUGUCAACAUUCUCCGAGUCCGGAAGAGCGGCAUUCUUUCGCGACAUCGUCAUACAGGCCCUGUCCACGCCACGGUCCUGCGCGGCCGCUGGCACUACCUUGAGCAUCCCUGGUGGGCUGAGGAAGGUGGAUACGCGUUCGAGCCUCCCGGUGAUAUUCAUACCUUGGAGGUUCCGGAUGGGGUGACGGAAAUGUAUACUUUGUUUCAUGUUACGGGCGCGUAUAUCUAUGUGGAUGUGGAUGGGGUGCCGAUGGGGGUGGAGGAUGUUUUUCGCAAGUUGGAGGCAGCGAGGAAGCAUUAUGAACAGGUUGGGUUGGGAGCGGACUUUGCAGAUCAGUUUGUUAGGUGA